CUUGUCAAAUAAAACCAACUGAUAAGCACUGGGAAUAAAUUAGCAAUAAUAAGGAUGGGUCUAAGAAGAAUUCACAGUACCCAGCCAAAAGCUUAGGACGCUUUGUUCUCCUGCUACAAGGCAUUUAGUAGUCUUCAACUUGAAGGUCACCAAAACUCUAAAAAUGGAGAAUGUAUUGGCCUUCUUCAAAGCUUGUGAAAUGGGUAAUAUUGUCGGUGCGAAAAACCUGCUUGAAGGACCGCUUGAUCUGUUAAACUUAAUUCAACAUAAGACUUGGGAGGGAAGAACAUGUUUUCAUAUGGCAAUAAUUUCAGGAAGCGCAGAUUUGUUGCGAAUGUUAGCAAGAAAGCUGCGGGAUGCGGAUCUAAUCAACAUAAUAAAAGAGGGGGACAGAAACGGCGAGACGGCUUUACAUUUAGCUGUGAGGAAAACUCGCGUAGAUCUUGUGAAACAGUUGGUAGAAUUGGAUGCAAAUUUGUGUGAUUGUGCAAAUAAAGAAGGAGAAACUCCACUUAAAUUGGCAGUCAGUUUGGUAUUCAAAGGAGCCGUAGAGUUUUUAGUAACUCGCACAUCAAACGCCCUGCACUACAUAGUGGAGCUCAACCAAGUGAAACUUGUUGAAUAUUUAAUUAAGAAAGGGGUAAAGUUGUCAAAACUUAUCAAUCAGCCUUACCAGCCUGCCACAAAUCCUCCUGACGAUGAAGGUAAUCGUGCUACUAAUCAGACAAAUUUGACUAACAGGGAUACCCAGGAGGACCAGCUAAUUGUUCGGCGAGGGGACACUCCUUUGCACAUUGCAGCAAGGAACAAAUAUGAGAGCAUGGUGAAUUUGUUGUUGAAAGUACCUGAUGGGAACAAGUUUGCCCGAAACAGUGAGGAGAUGACACCAUUUGACAUUGCAAGAGAAGUCACGGAGUACCACGAAUCUUUCAGGAUUAUAAAAAAGCUGGGAGACUUUAGCCGGAGUCCGAAGGUAUUCAUGUACUGUGUACCACAGGUGAGCCGUAAAAAGUACAAGAACGCGAGCUUAAUGGUAGACAAAGCCUACGAAGAGAGACGCAAUGCAGAACUAGUUGUGGCAGCUCUUUUAGCUACCAUGACAUGCGCCGCUGCUUUCACAGUCCCAGGCGGUUUCGAAUCGGAGAGCGAUGCAAAAGAGGAUCCAGGGAGCCCUCUUCUUUUAUCCUUCACUUCAUUUAAACUCUUCAUUAUUUUCAACUGCAUAGCCUUUUUUCUAUCUCUCUUUGUUUGUAUAAUGUGGGAGAUGAGCUCACAGCUUACUACAGAAAACAAGAUGGUGUUUAUGACUAUCAACAGUUUAGUGAUUUGCUACAGCUUUGCGUUCACCGCUUAUGGGUUUAUGGCUGCGGUGUACGCGAUGCUGGAGCGUAAGGCUAAAACCUUCUCUUGGGUUGUUCUGGGAAGUCUCAUAUUCAUUUCUUUGUGCGGCGUUCUCGCAUUCGCCCGUCAAUCGAUACACUUUGUAGUGAAGCGGGCCAGAUUCCAUCGCCUCUGUGGUGUAUCUCUUUUAUUGGAUGAAACUGCUGAAAAGGUAUGGUCUGGAGCAGAAUAUUAUGGGCUUCUCAACCUUCUCCGUUCAGCUGAUGAAAUUAUCCACGAUUUUAUCGCUGGGCAUUGCAAGUUCAGGCCGCAUCGUGAACAUGAAGGUAGCUUCAACCAUGUUUAGAUAUCGUUCUACAACACUACACCCUCCCUACCUCAUAUGACCGACCACCAUAAACCUUAUUACCAUAUAAUAAUUGACUCUAUCAUGUCACAAAUGUAAUAAUAAUCGAGUGUUAUCAGUGCCUUCUAGCAAACUGGUACAACAUAGCAUAUAUCAAUUUUAAUUAUUU